GACCAUUCAGAGCUGCUGUGGGUCUCAUCCUGAGAGGGUUGCCGGAGCAACGGUGCCGCUUUUGGGCUCCUUUGUGUCACGAGGCUCGGGCGAGCAUCACGUGGAAGCCCAUUUCCCCGACGAGCACGGCGAGGUCUGGGCCACGAAGCCUGGAGGCCGUCGGUCAGAUUCAGGCCUUUGAGAAGGCCAGUGUCUUCCAGGAUGGACUUCCCCAGCUCCCUCCGCCCCACGUUGUUUAUGACCGGCCCCCUUGGUCUGAGCGAUGUCCCUGAUACGUCCUUCAUGUGCAGCUGGAGAGAUGCCCUGACCCUGCCAGAGUCCCUGCCCCAGAACUCCAAGAAUGGGGUGCCACACUUGCCCAAGGGCCUGCUCUGGGAGCCGGACACCCCUGGACCCCUUCCCUUGCUGCCUCCUGGUCCAGAUCCCUGGGACCCUGGCCUGACUGCCCAGGACUUGCUUUUCCGGGGAGCUCCCAAGUUCCGGAGACAGCCCCAGGCUGUGCUGGACGUUACUGAACAGUUCAGCCGGUUCCUGUGGGACCAUGGUGACAUAGCCUUUGCCUCCCUGGGGAAGCUGAUGCUGGAGAAUUUCAAACUGGAGGGAGCACGGAGCUACUCUAAGAAGAAGACAGUGGUCAGUGUGAAGAGGAUACUCGAGGACCUCGGUGGACACCAGCCCUGGGGGUGUCCCUGGGCUUACUUCAGCCACCGACAGCGCCGGUUCUCCAUCCUCGGGGACCCGAUCCUGGGCAAGUCAGUGUCAAACCUCCUGGGAGAGCUGCUAUAUGAGGAGCUGGCGAUGCGGUGGGAGCAGCUGCUCCUAGACGAUGCUUUCACCGGAGGCGCAUUGGCCUGGCUGCCCGGAAGGACACCCCGGAUCAGGCAGCUGGUCUACCCUGCAGGAGGUGCCUUGGACAAGCUGUAUUUCCAAGAGGUGCGUCUGACCCCAGGCAGUGACCCUCGGAUCCUUGGGAACCCCGGCCACAUUCAGCUCCGAGGACCUGUCCGGCAGGUGGUGACCUGCGCCGUGCAGGGAGAAUCUCUGCUGGCUGUCCGUUCUGACUACCACUGUGCCCUGUGGAAGGUCAGCAGGCAGGGGCGGCCAGCCCCACUCCAGGUGCUAAAGGUUGAGAAGGGGGCCACGGGGAUCAACCUCAGCCCUCACCUGCCCGGGGAGCUGGUUGUCUGCAGCCGUUCGGGAGCCGUUUGUCUGUGGACACCCCAUGACGGGCUUCAGCAAAUCUACAAGGAUCCUGAGACCCUUGUGUUUCGGGACCCGUCUCCUUGGCGUUGGGCAGACUUCACUGCCCACCCUCGGGUUCUGACUGUGGGUGACCGCACUGGAGUGAAAAUUAUCGACACUCAGGGCCCGCCAGGCUGUGGUUUGCUGCUCUUCCGUGUGGGUGCGGAAGCAUCAUGCCAGAAAGGGGAACGUGUCCUGCUAACCCAGUACCUGGGGGAGUGCGGCCCCGAUUCUCUGCAGCCCACACUCCAUCUCAUUUGUACCCAGUUCUCACUCUACCUGAUGGAUGAACGCCUCCCGUUGGUGCCCGUGCUGAAGUGGGACCACAGCCUCCCCUCGGCUCCCCUGCUGGCCCAGCUGCUGCCUCCACCCCGCCCUGGCUGCGCGAGGCCGCUGCUCCUCGGAGGCCAGGGGGGGCAGCUGCAGCUGCUGCACAUCACAGGGGAGGGGGCCUCCACACCCCGGCUGGCAGGGCCCCCCCAGUCUCUCCCUUCCAGGAGCGACUCCCUCUCCGCAUUCCCUCUGCUGGAGCCCAGGAGUCAGUGGCAGCUGCAGGAACGUCUACAAGCGCCAACCAUAGGUCUGGCCGCCACCAUCCUAUCUUCUUCCUCCACACCAGUCCUGUCGCUCUUCCAACUCUCAGCGGCUGGAGAUGUUUUCCACCAGCGCCUCCACCUCCGGGAAGACCCCAGGCCUCCCAGUGACCCCGGGCCCAACUGCCAUGCCCCCACGGCUUCCUGGAGCCCCCAGGCCACUGCUUGCUGCCGCAGGUGGCUGAAGGCCCUUCUGGAGGUGCCACUGGCUCCCCCUGUGUGGGCCGCACCCACCUUUUCCCACCGCCGUCUGCUGAGCUUCAAGGAGCAGCAGAAGGUUGAAGGGAAAGUGCCAGAGGGUCUCCGGGCGGCCAUGGCCCAAGGGCGGCUACUGCAGCAGAGGGACCUGGGCUCGCUUCCCACAGCAGAGCCACCGCCGGGCCCCGAGCCGGGCCCCAAGGAUGAACUCAGUGAGCGAUUGGAGGCAGCCUGGGAAGGCCCGAUGGCUGCCUGGUGGGAGCAGCAGCAGGAUAGGACCUCCGGGCCCGGGAGGCAGCCGAAGCGGCACAAGCGGCGGAUGCAGCUGUCCAAUACCUUCUCCUCGCUCAGCGGCCACCUGGACCUCUCGGGUGCCACCAGCCCCCCUCACAGCCCAGACUGGACGUCCCCUGUGUCAAGGCCUCGGUCCCCAGUGACCUUGCCCUCCCAGGAGUUGACCCAGGAUCUGUGGGCCCAGGGUAUCCCCUCAGAGCGACAGCAGACCCUUCGGGACUAUAUGGCCAAGCUACCUCUUCAAGGAAACACUCCAGAAAGUGCCUCUGCAUCCCUCUCCCAGACCUCCAGUACCCGGGCCACCCCCUCCAGACAGCGGACCCUCCGGGACUGCACAGCUGAGCUGCCACCCCACAGGGACACCCCGGAAGGUGCCACUGCGCCCUCCUCCCAGACCUCCAGCAUCUGGGCCACCCCCUCCAGGCAGCAGGUGCGCGUCCUCUCUGGCUCUCAGCCACACCGGAAGAAGCCGCGCAUGGGCUUCUGAGGGCCCGGGAAGCUGCUCCCCCACCUCUGGGGAGCCCCUGGUCCCGGACCAGCUGUGCCUUCUAUGGCUGGAACUUAGGGAGUGGAGAGGGAACAGUCUCAGGGUACAGACCUGCUUUCUGGGGGCCACUGUGAUGGGAGGCGUCCAAACAUGAUUUGGAGCCAAGUAGGAGGAAUAGGAACAACAAAACUGUAGUUUCUCCUUUUCCUGAAGAUACUUCCAGAGGCGGGUUGAAGGCCCCAGCGGUCCUGUCCUGAGGGUCUGUCGUCAGGAGGCAGCACUGUGCUUGACGCGGGGGCUCUAGUCAGGCCCUUGGCUCCGCCUCAUGUAGGCUGUGUCCCCUAGUCAGCUCCUCGCCGUGGUCGGGACAGUGAAACGAGACACUGAGGAGCUGCUGGUGCCUGGUGGUCGGUGGGUGUGGGCAGCUGCUGUGGGCUCGGUUGUGUGUGGUACAGUUUCUCCCAGGAGCUGAUGUUUUAGAGGGAGACACUUUGGACCCAUCUUUAGGGAUUGAAUAAAUUUGUCGCCUGAG